AUGAACCAUUCCAGUUUUGUAUUUGGAGCAAAAUUCACUCCUAGAUCAAAAGAUAUUCUUCGAUACCACGAUUUACAGCAAGGUAUUGAAUCCAGCAAUGUGUAUUCUGUACAUGGAGUAACCUUUGUUGGUAUGGACAUCUCCAAACUUGAAAAGAUCAAUCACGUUUUUAACCUGCAAACUGAUGUAAUUUUUGUGAUAGGCCUUAACGACUAUGAACUAAUUGAUGAAAAUGGCGAAAAUAGAUUAACCGUAUGCGUUUCACAGUUUCGAAAGAUUUGCGAAAUGAUCAAGACUCAAUUUUUAGAACACAAAUCGCCACUCAAACGUCUGACAUUGGUUUUGAAUAAGUUCGAUACAUUUAUGCAGAAAGCUAAAUCAUCCACAGAUACCUUUUUACGGUUAGAACUUUAUCAUCCAGAAAUAUUCACCUAUUACGGCACUACAAACGGAACUGCCGCUCAUGUCAUUCGUGCCAUCAUUGACUAUUUUGUAAAUAUUUAUGACUCUUACUUUAGAGAUAUUAGAAACUUUCCACUUUCCAUCAAACAAGUUAACAAGUUUAGACUUACUUCACCCUCACUCAACAACUCUAUACUCAAUGUAUGUGUAACAUCUGCUCUUGAUCGAACGAACAUGGAAGAGUUUUGGAACUUUCUUCUCACUGGAUACCAAGGAAUUGAACAACGAGCUUACAGCAGCACUGGUUCAUGGAUACCGUUUAGAAUGUGUCGAUCAUCCAUUCAUACACAAUAUGGAUCUUCCUGUUUGCAUUGGGGAGAAACGGUGUGUCUAUCGACCAAAGAUUUUGCAAGUUUCCAAUUUGCAGUACAUGGCUCGAUUCUAGAAACAAGGUGUCCAGAGCUAUCAAAAAUGGUAGAACGAGAGAAAUUGAACAAUUGUAAUAGUAGUGAAAAUACCAAUGUGGCAUCCAUAUCCCUUAAUUUAUUAACCUUCGAGGAAUUGGCAGAGAUUAUAAGAAGAAUGUACGAUGGAUGCUAUAUAGAUCUUGUUACCUUUCGAAAAUUGUAUCACAAGCUCAAAGUUAUAGAGGUUGCUGACAAAGAAAAGUCAAAAAACAAACCAAAGAUCAUUAUGAAAGCAUUAUCCAAGUUAAAGAAGUUGAAAAAGUCGGAACAAUUUCGUUUCAACACCAGCAAUCCAGCAGAGUUGGUCGAAUACUCAAUGCUCUUUGAAGAAAAUCAGUCUACCUUACCAGAACUGUAUGAUAUUUUACUGUUUCAUCAAAAUGGAUCUCUUCAGGGAUACAAAUUCAUGUUAUCUAUACAUCUUCCUGGAUUCGUUCUUGAGAGAAAUUAUCACGUGCUGGUGCCAUAUUUCAAAAUCUCAUCGUAUCAAAAUGUUCUUAGAAUGUUGAAUCAUGUGAAGAAUAUUGAGAUUAGAGAUUGGGACGAUCUUGUGGAAAUGAUUUAUAUUUCAAAAAUGUGGAAAUUUGAUGAUAACUCGUUGCUUGUCGAGAGACUGAAAGGGCUAUUGAGGCACAUGCUGUCAUGUGAGAAUGUUGUAAAGUUUAUACCCUACUUCUCAAAGGAUUGUAUUGACUUUUCCACAUUACCUGAGCAUGAAACCCGAUUGUCCAAAAAGAAGUGGACACUUCUCGAUCGACUUCCUUCUGAUUGCACACACCACAUUUCAUCAUUCCUUUAUGGUUCUUUCAAGACAAAUCCAUCCAACUCUCUAAUUGAUCAAGAUUACUUGAGCUUUAUUUGCAGUCUAGGACAUACUGCCUUCUUCACCUUCCUUGCUAACAUCCCACAAACGAAUUUGAAGCAAUUUGUUUGGAAAACAAAACAUACUGAUUUUUCUCUGUUCUUGCGAGAGUGUCAGUUGUUCAUGGAGAAAAACCAGCUCAAAUAA